GAUUUCAAAACUCGUAAACCCGCGCAACACCAAAACCACUUUCCCACUUGCCGAGCGCGAAUUCGAAACCAAAGGGGAGAUGAACCGAGAGAGCGGCGGCGCCAUGGCGGCGAGGCGGUUCUCCUUCUCCUGGGCCGACGAGGUGGAGCGCGAGGAGGCGGCGGAGCAGCAGCAGCAGCAGCAGGAGGAGGACGACGACGAGGAGAAUCAGCCGCCGCCGCCGCCUCGGCGAUGCGGGGAGACAGGGGAGCAGGCGAAGGCGAACCCGUUCGGCGCCGCGCGGCCGCGGGAGGUGGUGCUCGCCGAGAAAGGCGUCGACUGGCGCGCCCGCGACCGCGAGCUCGACGACGCCUCCCGCCGCGGCAGCGCCAUCCGCAGCAGGAGUCGCGUGCACGGCAGCAAGAGGCACGCUCGGGAUGCGCCCGUGGCGGCGAGGCGGCACGAGGACUCGACGCCGGCGAGCCGCCGCCGCAUGAUCAGCUUGCCGCCGGUCAGCUACGGCAGCGCAUGGGGUGGUAAGAGGAAAUGCGCCGGCCAGGACGAGCCGUCCCGGCAAGACCGGCCGGUGGCCGAACAUUGCCGGAGAGUUUUCGGCCAGCUGAACAUCGGCGAAGGCGGCGAAUUCUCUCGCCGGAGCUCCACCGAGAGCCGCGGCUCGGUCUGCACCGAUCGAACCGAAGCAAGCAACGCUGCAGCUGCAGAAACGGAGACCAGUGUUGGUCAGAGGAGGAUGAGUAGGAGGAGGAGCAGGAAGAACGUGAGGAAGAUGGAAUCAACCAAGUCCAAGAAGCAGCAAACUCUGCAACUCUAGGUGGUGGCGUGAAGCUGCACGGUGAUGGUCUCACCUGUUUAGUGAUUACUGAUUUCUGCAUCUACUGCUACUCCACUGUCCAUUGAUUACUGACUAGUACUAGACUGAACUAGCUAUGGAUGAUUAGACGUGUACCUAAUGCAGUACUAGUAUAACAUGUUGCCACAAGUUUAGGCAGUAGAAGCGACUAGCUCCGUCUAAGAUGAACUGAUUAUGAUGAUUAUGAUGUGUUAUAUCUAGUUGAUAUGUGAUACUCCCUCCGUCCAAAAAUAAUUUAACUUUGAUCCCUCCUAGUACAAUAAAUAUGGACUACCCUUUAUCCAGAUUCGUUGUUUUAGGAGGGGUCGUAUCCUCUUCUAGGUUGAUUUUUU